AUGGCACCGAAGAAGCGAAACACUUCACCUCCGUCUCCUUCAUCUCCCUCGUCCUCAGGCGCGGUAGGAACUGGACUAGGAAGUGGCAGUAAGCGGCCGACACGGCCGGGGUUCUCAGUGACGCAGCUAGCUGCCCUGUUCGUGUUUCUACUGGUCGCCAACUACCUGGGAGUCACCUGGUUCCAGGAAUGGUGGUCUACUGGUGGCUCUCCGGCCGACUCGGCCACCCUGUACCGGGUCUCGGGAGCCGUGCAGAUCCGACAGCUGCCGUCUCCAGACGCGGACUUUGCGGAGGAGUGCCGUGCAGGCGGGCUACCUAUCGUACUGAGGAACUCUGUCGUGGAGAAGUGGCGGGCAAGACAUCACUGGACGCCCAAGUACCUCCAGUCCCGUAUACCCCGCAUGAACGGAGUUUACCAGAAUGACAACAGGUGGUUUGGACCGUACUAUGACUCCAGCAAACCUCUAGCCCACCUCUCCACGAGGACCAACAUCUAUGCCACCAACGUUUCCAUGAGCACCAAGAAAUUCUUCAAGAAACUGAAGCAACCGUUGGAGGGGGAGUUCCUGUACUUUACGGGGGAUAUUUACACGCUGGGAGAGUGGGCCAUGGAGGACAUUCAGCCACUAUCUGAGCUACUUCUGUUGAACCCCCGGCGAUCGUCAGUCAACGUCUGGAUGGGCCAACCUCACGUGAUUGCUCACUGCCACUAUGACGGUUACCACAACUUUUACACACAACUGCACGGUACAAAGAAAUUCACGCUUUUCAGUCCAGACAACUGGCCUGGUCUCUACCCCUAUCCGUUUCUCCACCCAAGCCACGCACAGGCUCAAGUCAACUUGAGCAACAUUCGUGAUAUCGAUAGCUUCCCACUGGCAGGUGAAGUGAAGGCACUUGAGGUAAUACUGAGACCGGGAGACCUCUUGUACAUGCCACCUCUGUGGUUUCACCUGGUGGAGUCUGUGGAUACCAGUAUAUCAGUCAAUGUGUGGACAGACUCGGUGCAGACACUGUUAGUGGAGGACAUUUUUGCCGUCCCUCUCCCCACUGAGACUGUAGAGUGGAGCAGCGGUCAUCAAAAGGCGAUAGCAACCUCUGUCACGAUCCACAGUCUACUGACCGAAGUCUGUCACAGGAGACACUGUCGACAGGUGAAAGACGAUCAUUUUCUCGACAACCAGGGCCUCAGACCUCUCGAGGGGGAACUGUAUUUUGUCUACCAGCUGUGGACCACGCGGUAUAGAACACUAAUGGAAGAGGGCCCCCUUCCUAGUGGAGUUCACGACCCCACGUCCACUAGUGAAGGGAUACUGUGUGAGAGAAUGAGCACCAAGGAGUCGAAAACAGAGCGAGAGGCGGCAACUGUUUCUCUAUUUAAUGCCGACCUGAAAGAGUAUGUGGAGCGUGUGGCUGGAGCCGUGGAUAAGUUACCAGAUGAGACCUGGGACAUGUGGACUGGCAACUAUGUUGAGUAUCUCGCUGCCACUGCUGUACAAGUGGAGAUGAGAAGUGGGCGUGUCUCACGUGUGGCGUGCGUGUUUGCAAUGGCUCUUCUUUCGGCUUUUCUUGAAGAUGACGCAGACGAGCACGUUCUCCCGUGGAUAUGGAUGGGGCUCUUGGCCUUGAUGGCCGCCUUCUCGUGUCUCGGCUUCGUCGGGUGUGCCAAGGUACCGUACGGUCGCUACGGAGACCAGCGGAGCCUACUUUCAGCGCUCCGACUGACGACUUGCAAGGUGCCGGCUCGGCUGGCGUGGAUGGUGCAAGAGAUACCGGCCGUGGUGGUGCCGCUCUAUCUAAUUCUGAACGUCGGAGGACGCUACGUCGGGGCUUUCAAUCCUAACAUAGUCCUACUUGGGAUGUUUCUCCUUCACUACGCAAAUAGGACAUUUCUCUAUGCUGCAUUGACGCGAGGCAAGACAACUCCGCUCGCACCGGUAGCUUUUGGUUUUUGCGUCUGUGCCGUCAACGGCUACCUGCAGGGGCGCUACCUCACACACUACGCCCGCUACGACCUCUCCUGGUUCACUGACCCGCGGUUUAUGGUGGGUCACCUGGUGUUUCUGCUGGGGAUGGCCAUCAACAUUCACUCUGACAGCAUCCUCAGAUCUCUCAGAGCUCCUGGAGAAACCACCUACAGGAUCCCCAGAGGUGGAAUGUUUGAGUAUGUGUCAUGUGCCAACUACAUGGGGGAGACUCUGGAGUGGGUGGGCUACGCCAUAGCCUGCUGGUCUGCGGUGGCUGCUCAGUUCUCUCUCUGGACCUUCCUCUUCCUUGGCUCACGAGCUCUCCAACACCACAGGUUCUACCAGGAGAAGUUUGAAGACUACCCAAAAUCAAGAAAAGCCUUCAUCCCGUUCUUACUAUAGCACUUAUAGCGAAACAAGAACAUUUUGGGUGUGGAAAAUGCAGUGUAUUGUUAAACGUUUGCACAUCACUUUGAAAUUCAAAAUAGGUAAUAGCAAUGUAUGUACAAAUUAUGCAUUC